AUGUCCGUAUUUCAGGAACUGCCUCUUUCUUUCUCUAAUCUGAAUGCGUUGCGAUGGCUGGAUUUGAAGAAAAAUCCGUUAUCGCCCGAGCUGCUGAAGGUCACAGGUAACUGUGGAAGUGAAAAAGAGUGCCGACAAGCCGCUCUGAAUGUGGUUUCCUACAUGAAAGAGUUGCAUAAAGUUCAUAAUAUUCAGAUGUUGACUCAGCAGAAAGUGCACGAGAAAAUCCAAGAAGUAAAAGAAGCGAAGGAAACGACUCAUAAGAAUAAGAAGAAGCAUCAUAACAAGAAAGAGGAUGCAGCACAUCAAGCAGCCAAAAAUAAUGGUGGGUUUCUUUGGUUGCUGAACCAAUUGCUGUAA